CAGGUGUGUUUCUCCUUCUCUGCGAAGUCUGAGACCCUCUGUGUGGAGAGUAUUAUACUACAGUCCAGUGUGGGGAAUCAGCCACAGCAGCACACCGUGAGAUCUGCACGUGCUAAAAGAACUCAGUGAUGAUGGACUGAUAGAGAGGCUAAAACUCCACUGCAAAGAAGCUGAAGAAUGUGUUGGUCAGUCAUGCAGUCCUGUAGUUCUGCUGUUUGUGUUCUGAUCUUACUGACAACUACACUCACUACUGCUUCUGAAUCAGCUGUGAAGGUGAAUCUUCAUGACUCUGCUACUCUGUCCUGCUCUGAGAGAUGCUCUGGUUUGGUCAGAUGGACUGUGUUCACUAAACCCACUGAUACUCUGGCUGAGUGUGAUCAGACUUCAUGUAGAUCAGUGAAGGAGGGAUAUCAGAUGAUCCAUGAUCAGUACCUGAAGGGGAAUCUCUCUCUCACCAUCACUGACGCUGAUUUCACUAAGAGAGCUCGGUACACCUGUGACUGUGAUGGUAAAGAUCUCUGUGAUAUGAAGCUUCAGAUUGAGCCCUUGAAUACUCCAGUUCAGAUAGAGCCUGGUGAAUCUCUGGUGCUGAAGUUGGAUGUAUCAGAUCCAGUGGAGGUGAUUUAUAACAGCACUGAUGCAGCUGGACCAUCCAGUGGUCAGAUUUGUACAGUGGAUGGACGAUCACUACAGUGUAAUGAUGAAUAUAAACAGAGAAUGGCAUUCUUCUCUGCUCUUGAGCUGAGAGGGAUGAAGCCAUAUGACAGUGGAGAUUAUAUUAUAAUGGACAUUAGGAAUGAAGAGGUCAUUCAUACCUACACAGUGACCAUCAAAGAUGACCAGCCCUGUCCGUGCAGAGAUCAGGGAGCUGUUGUACCAGCAUGGAUGUUUACUCUGACGAUGGUUGCACUAGUAGUUGUGUGUGUGGUAUCAGUGGUGAUGAUUUUGCGAAAGAGGAGAGAAAUUGAACGGCACUGAAUCAUAACUGCAGGGAAAAUCGAGUUUAACUGAAAGAAAACACUGCCAGAAAACACUGCCAGAAAACACUGCCACUGAAAGAAAACACUGCCAUGUUAACUUCUGUUAAAAAGGAUGAAGAAGAAAUGGGUUAUUUGCUGCUUGUAUUCAGGAAAACUAAGAUCCAAUCCAAAGUCUAAGACCAAUUAUCCAGUCAGCCAAUCACAUGGCAGUAUGAGUCUAGAGGUUCAGUUAACAUUCCCCUAAACAUCAUGAAAGAAGAAAUUGUGAUCUAAAUGACAAUUGAAACAGGGAGAAGGAGCGAAAGGAGGAUCGGAACAGGGAGAAGGAGAGAAAGGAGGAUCAGAACAGGGAGAAGGAGUGAAAGGAGGAUCAGAACAGGGAGAAGGAGCGAAAGGAGGAUCAGAAUAGGAUGAAGGAGUGAAAGGAGGAUCAGAACAGGGAGAAGGAGAGAAAGGAGGAUCAGAACAGGGAGAAGGUGUUAAAGAAGGAUGAGAACAGUAAGAAGGUGCGAAAGGAAGGUCAGAACAGGGAGAAGGAGCUAAAGGAGGAUCAGAACAGGGAGGAGGAGUGAAAGGAGGAUCAGAACAGGGAGGAGGAGUGAAAGGGGGAUUGGAACAGGGAGAAGGAGUGAAAGGAGGAUCAGAACAGGGAGAAGGAGCUAAAGGAGGAUCAGAACAGGGAGGAGGAGUGAAAGGGGGAUCAGAACAGGGAGGAGGAGUGAAAGGAGGAUCAGAACAGGGAGGAGGAGUGAAAGGAGGAUCAGAACAGGGAGAAGGAGCUAAAGGAGGAUCAGAACAGGGAGGAGGAGUGAAAGGAGGAUCAGAACAGGGAGGAGGAGUGAAAGGGGGAUCGGAACAGGGAGAAGGAGUGAAGAAGGAUCAGAACAGGGAGAAGGAGCGAAGGAGGAUCAGAACAGGGAGGAGAGAAAGGGGGAUCGGAACAGGGAGAAGGAGUGAAAGGAGGAUCAGAAGAGGACAAGGACUGGAAGGCGGAUGGGAUCAGGGAGAAGAAGAGAAAGAAGAAUUCAAAAAGGGAGAAGGAGAGAAAGGAGGAAAGGAACAGAGAGGAGCUAAAAGAGGAUCAGAACAGGAUGAAGGAGUGAAAGGAGAAUCAGAACAGAGAGAAGGAGUGAAAGGAGGUUCCCAACAGGGAUAGGGAGUGGAAGCAAAAUCCAAAGAGGGAGAAGGAGCCAAAGGAGGAUCAGAACAGGGACAAGGAGUGAAAGGAGGAUCAGACAGGGAGAAGGAGCGAAAGGAGGAUCAGAACAGGGAGGAGGAGUGAAAGGAGUAUCGGAACAGGGAGAAGGAGUGAAGAAGGAUCGGAACAGGGAGAAGGAGAGAAAGGAGGAUCAGAACAGGGAGGAGGAGUGAAAGGAGUAUCGGAACAGGGAGAAGGAGUGAAGAAGGAUCAGAUCAGGGAGAAGGAGUGAAGAAGGAUCAGAACAGGGAGAAGGAGUGAAGGAGGAUCAGAACAGGGAGAAGGA